AUGAUGCUGGCGGUGUGUGUCGCUGUUGUCCUGGGCCUUCUCUCAGUGAGUGGCUCCCAGGCGGCCCCUUUAACCUGUGAGGAUCUCCUAAGACCACUGGAGCUGAGCGGUGUCAAUCAGGUACUAUCUACUGAACUGUACUGUCUGUCUGUCUGUCCAUCUGCCUGUCCGUCUGUCUGUCCGUGUGUCCGUGUGUCUGUCUGUCCGUCGUCUGUCUGUCGGUCCGUCGUCUGUCUGUCUGUCCGUCAUCCGUCUGUCAUUCCGCCUGUCCGUCCGUCUGUGUUUGUCUGUCCGUCUGUCUGUCGUCUGUCCACCCAUGGUUAGGGAGAUAUGGUUGUUUGUGUCAGCUAGCCCAGUUAUUGUCUAUCUGCCUUUCUAUCUUGCAGACCCUUGGGAAGUGGGUGUAUAUUGCUGAGAGUUCUGACCGUCCUUCCUGGGAGCAAAUACUGUAUACCUUAUUACACAGUGCCUGGAUAGAGGUCUCUGUGCCGGUCGGUACCCAGAACAACAUUCUUGACAUCGCCAAGUUCUAUGGCGUUGGAAUUCCACAUCAAAAUGCUUUUGGAAUCGAAUGCUUCAGGAUCGACUCUAACUUUACUCUGCAUGACAAUAGCACAUGGACUUCAGUGAUCCCCAUCCCUGUUUCUGAGGUCCUCCUGACAACAUGCCCAGACUGCCUCCUGACCCUGGAGAGAUGGGCUGAGGAUGGGAAGCUCUACACCUCUCUAACGCUCUACAGUAGGAGAAGGGAGCUCACUGCUGCUGAACUGGACUUCUAUAAGAAACAGGUGGAUUGUCUCAGUCUGCAACCAGCGACGUUCACUGAUCCACAGAAAGAUCUCUGUCCCGACACAACUCCACUCUUAGAAGAUCAAAUCGAUAAGACAGUUGAGAGGGCAGUUUAUAUUAUUUCAGAGAUUCCAAGAAUGAUCAGAAAUACUUUUAAACAUUUAAAGAAUGCUGUUUUUCAGACAUUUUCUGAGAUUUUGGGUUCAUGAGUAGUUUCCUCCUCCUCCCUGAUUGGUUUGCUGCCCACCAUGUAUUCUACUGUAACCCAGGGUUACAGUACCUAACCCAGCAAGCCUGUAAACAGUCACUGAUGCCAGCCUUGACGUUGGAUUCAACACAAUAAAUCCAGAUUAAGACAAAUAUGAUUUACAUUGUUUUGUUUGUUCAAGUAAUCAGUUACAAUCGGGAUCAUUUAAAAAUACAAUUUCAAAAAAGAAUGGGUGAUAGUCUACUUUAGCGUUUCCCAAACUCGGUCCUCUGGGACCCCAAGGGGUGCACGUUCUGGUUUUUCUGUCCUAGCACCUACACAGCUGAUUCAAAUAAUCAAAGCUUGAUGAUUAGUUGAUUAUUUCUAUCAGCUGUGAAGCGCUAGGGCCAAAACCAAAAGGUGCACCCCUUGGGGUCCCCAGGACCGAGUUUGGGAAACCCUGUUCUACUUACAUCACUCACAGUAGCCCACUCAACGUAUCUUAUCGACAGGACAGAGAAGUGUCGGCAGGUAGAGUCGACCAGGUAGCUUAGUGGUUAAGAGCGUUGUGCCAGUAACCGAAAGGUUGCUGGUUCUAAUCCCCGAGCCGACUAGGUGAAAAAUCUGUCGAUGUGCCCUUGAGCAAGGCACUUAACCCUAAUUGCUCCUGUAAGUCGCUCUGGAUAAGAGCGUCUGCUAAAUGACUAAAAUGUAGAAGUCAUUCCUAAAACAUCAACACCACUCAUUAUGUUUAGGUCAUUGGUUCUUUUAUUUGGCAGUUUACAUGUUUCCUUGUCUUUAGCACAGAAAAUAAUGAGAUGGCGCAUGCCAUGUUGACAGAACCCAAAAGCUUUAUUCAGCGAAGCUUGAGACAUAUGGAGGGAGAACACUUGUACUGUAGUAGUCAGCUUGUAGAGGAUGCAGGCAGAUCGUUGUGACAUAUCUAAAAAGAGUCAUUUUAGUGUGCUGAAUGUGGAGCAUCCAUUCUCUAUCUAUGGAACUACCAGAGAGAGGAUGCUGAUGAUAUGACACCUCACUUGAAACACACACACACACACACACACAUACGUAGACUUAGAGUGAACAUGUGCGUCUGUGUUAGUCUAUCAAGCUAAAGGAAAAGGGGGGCUUUAGAACAUUUUACUGGCCAAGAUGUCAUGUACGGUGGCGGUAUGAUGUAAUCAUAACAUUCAAGUGUCCAGAUCCAGUGGAAAUAGACUAGAGUAAGCUAAAGUAAAUCACCCGGGGCUGCAUCCCAAAAGGAACACUAUACCCUAUUUACUGCACUACUCUGGUCAACAGUAGUGCACUUUAUAGGGAAUAGGCUGCCAUAUAUAGUCAGGGGUCAGUCUGGAGGAAGUGAUAAACAGUUGAUUCCUCUGGACACACACAUGGUUAAAGAUGACCAAGCACCUCUCUAGUUCCAGCUACCUCAAGCUCAUUUGAGGACAUGUGGACAUUUUAAGCCGAGAGUUUGGCAGAUUGUUAAUGUGAAUUCAUAGCGUGUGUGUAAUUGUGUGUACGUGUGUGUGUGUGUGUGUGUGUGUGUGUGUGUGUGUGUGUGUGUGUGUGGGAUGCCUGUCAGGAGUCUGUGUAUACUACCUGUUAGCAUUCUUCACAAAGACACAGAAACUGACAUCAUCAGAAAACAAUGCAAACGUCAGCUAACAACCAACUCACAACACCAAAGCCUUUCACAAGAAAAUAGUUGUAGAUUCAAAUUUCAAGAACCAAUAAAUAAUUAGAUAACAAACAAAACAAUUGAAAUUGUACAACGCAGUACAUUUGAUACACUUAUUUGCGUUCAAUCAGCCUAGCCAUCAAGAUAGAUAAAAAAAUGAAAUAUUUACAAAAUAAUACCCAUGUUUUCAUGUUGUUGAUUUUUUCCCCUAAGAAUUUUUUUUUUUUAAUUAUCCAAUGAAAAAUACUGUUAAUACUGAUAGAGUGUGUGUGUGUGUGUGAAAGAGUUUGUGUGUGUGUGUGUAUGUGUGUGUGUGUGUAUGGAGGGGUUGGGUGGGUGGUGUAGUGUGUUGGUAGUGAGGUCCUCCACCCUCCAGGUCUCCAGGGCUUGGUGUCUGCUGUGGAGUGUCCAGGGGCAGGGCUGGAUGGAGGGAUGUGGUUGGUGGACGUUGGGGAGAGGUGGGGCUCACGCUGUCAGCUCUUCCCUCAGCUCUUUGUUCCUGCGCACCACGGCUGCAUGUCUUUCCUGAAAGACAGGACACAGACAGACACCACAGAUAGAGAGGAGGAA